AUGACACUUGUUCUAGGUCAGCCUGGUUCAGGCAAAUCCACGCUUAUGAAGGUGCUCACUGAGAUCAAGAAGCAGCUGCCACAGUUCCUGUCGUACGUUCCUCAACACGACAAGCACUUUGCCACACUCACAGUACGUGAGACGCUCGAGUACGCUCAGGAGUUCUGUGGAGGCGAGUUGAAACGACGUGCUGGAGAGUUGUUAACGCAAGGCAAACCGGACGAGAAUGCUGAAGCCAUGGCAGUUGCCAAGGCUGUAACCAUUGUCGGUGACGCGCUGCUUCGUGGUGUAUCGGGUGGUGAGCGUAAGCGGGUGACGACUGGAGAGAUGGAGUUUGGCAUGAAAUACAUGACACUCAUGGACGAGAUCAGUACGGGCCUGGACAGCGCUGCAACUUUCGAUAUCAUCAACACACAACGCAGUAUUGCUCAUCGCUACCACAAGACCGUGGUGAUCGCACUAUUGCAACCCGCACCAGAAGUCGUGGCUUUGUUCGAUGAUCUUUUGAUUCUAAAUGCUGGUGAGAUCAUGUACCACGGUCCGAUGAGUGAAGUGGUACCUUACUUUUCUGGUUUAGGCUUCGAGACUCGAAUCGAGUGUCCUCCUGGACGCGACUGGAGCUCCCUGUAUCGAACUACGCGCAUCCGCAAACACAUGAAGCCUAUGCCAGAGUUCCACCAGUCGUUCCAUGCCAGUGCAGUGACGCUGCUUCGUCGUCAGAUGUUCAUUAUUGGACGCAACAAGCCGUACAUCUUCGGUCGUGCACUGCUGGUCACAGUGAUGGGAUUGUUAUACGCGACAACGUUCUACCAGUUCGACCCGACCGAGAUCCAGGUCGUCAUGGGUAUUAUCUUCGCCGGUACAUUGUUCCUGUCGCUUAGUCAGGCUUCACAGCUCCCUACCUUCAUCGCAGCGCGCGAUAUCUUUUACAAGCAACGAGGCGCUAAUUUCUACCGGACUGCGAGCUAUGUGGUUGCGAAUUCCGUCAGUCAACUGCCACUGUGCAUCACUGAGACGCUUAUCUUCGGGACGCUGGUGUACUGGAUGUGUGGCUUCGUGUCGGAGAUCCUGGAGUUCCUGCUCUUCCUGCUGGUUCCGUUCAUGACCAACUUCGGGUUGGGGUCUUUCUUCUUCGUCCUGACAGCGGCAGCCCCGAGUAUCAACAUCGCGACGCCCAUUUCCAUGGCUUCCACCCUGAUUUUCAUCAUUUUCGCGGGUUUUAUCGUCACGGAAGGCCCAGAUCCCCAGGGUUUUUUUAUUUGGCUUUACUGGAUCACGCCCCGCACGCCCAUGGGCCAGUACUACCUGCAGUUAUUCGACCUCAAGACGGAGAAGAUCUGGAUCUUCUACUGCGUCAUCUACAUGGCUGUCUUCUACGUGACGUGUAUGACUCUGGGGUAUCUGGCUCUAGAGUACAAACGCUACGAGACGCCCGAGAACGUGGGGGUAGCGUCUCGAAACUCGAGCUUCACUCCAGUCACUGUGGCGUUCAAAGACCUGCGGUACUCGGUGCCAAAGCCGUCGAAUCCCAAGGAAUCCAUCGAGCUGCUUAAAGGUAUCAGUGGCUUUGCUCUUCCUGGUCAAAUGACCGCUCUUAUGGGCGCUUCGGGAGCUGGCAAGACGACUCUCAUGGACGUAAUCGCGCACCGGAAGACUUGCGGGACGAUCUCGGGUCAGAUCCUCCUGAAUGGCUACGAAGCCAACGACCUCCACGAUCCGUGA